AUGAGACGCUGGCUGCUACCUGCGGUUGUUGCAGGGGGUGCCAGUGCUGUGAGCUACCUCCGGCAACAAAGCCAUGCAGAGGACAGUUCGUCCAUCGCAUCGUUGGUGGAGCUAGUUCAGGCAGACCUGGGGAAGGCAGCGGUUCAGACGAGGGAUGGCUUCCGAGUUGGCGAGUCUCUCGGCCCUGAUCCCGUCCUGAGCCAGUCCUGGGGCGCACCCGCGCCAGCCUUCGCCCCUGUGCCCGGGCUUGCGGGGUCGCCGAUAGCGUUUCCUGCUGCAGCACCUGUUGCUGCGCCUGGCCCUGUGCCCGCGCCGGCGUUUGCACCCGCGCCCGCGCCGGCGCCCUUUGCGCCGGCGCCCUUUGCGGCGCCAACGCCCUUUGCGGCUUUCGCCCCGGGCCCGGCGCCCGCGCCGGCGCCGGCGCCCGUGGCGGCAAUCGCGGCGGCGCCCUUCGCAGUGCCCCCGGCGUCCCCGGAGUCCGCGCCGAUGCCGGCGCCGGCGCCAGCGCCGAUGCCGAUGCCGGCGAUUGUGAUGCCAGGCAAAGCUUCUGCUUCGCUGGAUGCCUCAAGUGCUCCGGAUGAUGGCGAUGCAACUUUCACAGAAACUGUGAAGGGAGUGGACCACGAUCUGCUGGUGGGCCAGCCGCAGCUGAAGGAUUCCUUCCAGGGCGCCGUGCAGCGAGUGCUGGCCGCCGAGGUGGGACACGGCCUCCAGGCCAAAGAAAUCGCCGUGGUGCUGCGGCCAGCGCCCGGGGCGGUGGUGGUCCAGGCGAGCCUCGCCUAG